AUGUAUCUUUACGCUCCUCCGCUCGAAAGCAUCAAUCCAAACAUAUCAAAAAUUGACUACGCUAUUGAGUGGAAUAUGAGAGAAUCUUGUAAGGGGUAUUUCGCGAUGCCGUGCAGUGAAGAUUGGGACACUCAGUCGUACACGAAGUACUAUAAAGAGCCUGAGAUGCGAUGCGUUGCGGUAAAAUUCACGGAGGCAACGAGGAAAGUUGUGCAACAUGAAGAACCAGACAUUGUACUGUAUAUGCAUCACAGCUUAGAGACUCCUUUUGUCGCUCCCGUUAAAGAUCUUAGCAAAGAUCGAAUCUACAAGGAAUUUCAAGGGAACAUUGACUUUAUCAGCAAUUACACGAAACAUAUAGUUAUCGAGAUGCCUUACUACACACCUCCAUUCAACGUUGGAGCGAAGCUUGCAAGAAGACUGCAACUGGGUCUUUCGCCUGGUGAUGAGUUCGUAGUUACUUGGGAGCAACACAUCAACCAAACACGAUAUCAUCAACUGCGGCUGAGUUCAUUGAACUGCAGCAAAUGCAUCAUGAACAAAAUAAACGAGGUCAGGAAAGUUACUGGCUAA